CAGAUUGUGACCAAUAAUGACCCGAGUCAAGGUGGAAGACCUUUCGUAUUACCCGAGGCCACAACCAACGCCCGAAAUUCCGGAAAUUGAAAAUACGCCAACAUUGCAACGCAUAACAGAAACCAGACAGAAACUCUUCUUCUAUUUUGAAACUGGCUAUUCUCAUCUUCCAAAAGUGACCAAAUAUUUUGACGCCAUUGACCGGGAACAUUUGAAACUGGGUUCCAUUGGAACUGUAACUGGACUCACUUUUCUCUGGGCUGUUGCUAGGAAGAAGAGCCGAAGGCCUUUUAAAUUGGUGUUCUAUCCAGCAUUUACAGGAGGCCUGACUGCGGCUGUGAGUUACAGAGACACACUUUCAGAUGUGUAUAAGAACUGGUUUGGUGAAUUACCGGCUGUUGAUGUACCGAUGCCUGAGUCAAUUAGUAGAUACCUGAAAAAAGCAGGUGCUUCUUGGGAUUCGCUGAAGAAAGACAGAACUGCCCAGGAUUUCGGUCAGGGUGGGAAGGAAGAUGAUGAAAUGUACAGCACCCGGAGAUAGCGAGACAUGAAGAAACUACCGAAAUGAAAAAAUAACGACAAUAACCAAACCAAUAUUACUGAUUGAUUUAGUAAAUGAAAUAGUUUGAGUAGUCAAGAAUUAUUUGAAAAUA